GCUCCCUGGGAGUGGUGGCGGUUGUUUCAAUAUGGCGGCGGCAGCGAAGAGAAGUGGAAAUUCGAGGAUAUUUUGGAUGAAUGGCGUGUCAGAAUGGGAGCAGCCUUUAGCAUUCGUCCCUGGCGUUGAUGGAGGACCACAGAGUGCGCCCCCUUUAUGUCUAGGAACAAAUGGCAUAUUUGCAUCUGCUAAAAGAGGCACCAAGAUUGAAAUGAAGCAUGUGUCUAAUGGCAAAAAACAAGCUUCACAAAAAGCAACACAGAGACAACAAGGCCACUUUCAAAGUGAUUACCCUGGAAGUGAUACAACAAAGGAAGCAUCAGUGCCUGAAAGGGAUCCUGUGCCUGCCAUGCAAAACCUCUCUCAACCCAGUGAUACUUUUCUGCCUUUGCCACAGGUGAGCAGCAAAGCAAAGAACGACAUAUCUCUGAAGGAUCUUUGUUUUGAAGACAAAAAGAGAAUUGCACACCUCAUUGAAGAGCUAGCCAGAGUAAGCGAGGAGAAAGAGGAGUCUAUGCAGCGUCUGAAAGAUGAACAGGGAAACUUUGAACGCAAGAUCCAGGUGCUAGAGCAGCAGAACCUGAUGAUAGCACAGGAACGAGAAAGCCUGCAGCAGCAGUACAAAGAGUGCCAGGAGUUGCUCGCCCUCUACCAACAGUACCUUUCUCAGCAGCAGGCCAAACUAAACCAGUCCAUUGCACAGCUCAGUCAGGCGACUCACAAUAAGGUGCUCGCUUCAGAGGAAACUCAGAGCAGGUCCUCUGCGAGCAGAGCUAAUGGCUCUCUUUUCGAUGGCUCGUACCUCGGCCUCACUGCUGCCGGUGCGCAACAGUCCAAGGUGUUCAGGGGUGGUAGUGGAAGAAGAGGUGCUGCAGAAACGUUUAGGAACCCUGAGUCUCUGUCCUGUGACAGCGUGCUGAGUCCACACGUCAGAGCAACCAAACAGCUCAUGAGUCAGAAAAAAGACUGCAGGAAACCACGCAUAUGCUACACAUGUGAGCGCUGCCAAGGCAGUUGUCAUGACUCUAGCUACGAUGCACAGCACUGGAGAAGUGAAAGCUGCUCCUGUCUGGUGAACUGUCAUCACCACUCCUUAAAUCGCAGGGAGCAUCAAAGGUUUCAGAGCGGGAAUAUGAUUAAUGCAGAGGCAAAGGAAGCCCUGACCAGGCCACUGCUGGGUCACGAGGACUGGGAGGAGAAGCGGCACCAGCUGCUGUUGCAGAAGAUGCAGUUAGAGAUGGAGAGAGAGAAGCUGCAGGCACGGCUGGCUGAGCAGGAGGAGCGGCUUGGCAGACAGACAGAGCAGCUUCGACAGUCACGACUUCAUCACAGCAGUCAGGCUCAGAAUGAAGGGUCAGAACCCAAGGGUCCUUCUCACCAAGAUUUGCCCUCCAGGUCGUCUGAGGAUGGGGAGGUUCAUUCUGCAGCUGAGCAGUUGCAUGGAAAAACCUCCGAGGCUAUACCUGCUUCUUCUCCCAAUGCAAAGAAACAGUCUAAGAGUGACAUGGCCACAUCUCCACUAAAGAACCCUUCAGCUCAAAGUUUCCCUACCUCAGUUUCUGCAACCCAAAACACCUCUGAAAGCAGGUUGGAUGAUUCUUUGGCCGAGGUAUUGGAUAUCUUUAGUCCCUUCUCUGCCCAAAAGCAGCACAAGCCUGCUGCUGGAAGACCCAAAACAUUACAACACAGUUCAACCCUUGCUGGCUUUAAAUCCGGAAAGAUAAACCUUCUUACUCCUGGUGGGAACCAUCGACAGAACCUUCAACAGGACCUGGAAGAAAGCCAGAUACUUGAAGACAUUUUUUUCAUUUGCUAACAAAUAGAAUAAUUUACUUAAAUGUCACCACCUAAUCGAUGGCAUUUUAUUGUCUUGAGUAAUUUCUAAAAUUAGGAUUUAUUUUUUAUUUUUUGUUUAUCUCUUUUGUAUUAACACUUUUCUUUACCAUACAAAUAAAUGUAUAUUUACUCUGAA